UCACAACAAACAAAUAAAACUGUAGGAAGUAACAAAAACUCAACUAAUAAUAAAACUAGUGUAAAUGCUGUAAAGAACCGGCAACAACAAACACAAAGGUUACAAACGAUUAAUUUCAAUCUUCCAAUUGAUCGUUCAUUUUAUAUGUCUAAACAACCACGAUCGGUUGGUAAUUUUCCGGGUCCUCCACCUAUGAUGCCACCAGGACCAUUCGGACCUCCAUUCUUCAGUGGACCACAUUUAAACAUGUAUGAUGUGAACAUGUUACCUAUUCAACCUCCAAUGUUACCACCGGAGAUGCACCAUAUGGGAAAUCCUUACAUGAAUGUUCCUUAUGAAUGGAAUCCUACACUUGCCGGGCCGUAUGGCCGUCCAAAUGUAAGGAAUGUAUGGGGUGAAUCGUUUACUUCACCUCCGGAAAUUAAUAAAUUAACAUCGGUUCGAGACGGAACUACUUCACCUAAUUCUCCAAUAUCCCAAACUGGAUUUGAAAAUAAUAAUUCUCUUUGGACUAAAAACCAGUGGGGAAAUAUGAAUGGUGGAGAAGGAACGAGUGAGAAUAAAUUGAAUGAUCAACAACCUGACCAAAAACUAACGAACAAUAGACCUUCUACAUUUGUUCCUACACCUCAACAGCGUGAGGGGCCA